CGUCGCUGCGGUCCCGAUUCUGAAGCCCCGGGUCACCUACCUGGACUCAGAUUCUCCCCAGACGCCGAGGAUGGGGUCAUGGCGCCCCGAACCCUCCUCCUGCUGCUCUCGGGGGCCCUGGCCCUGACCCAGACCUGGGCGGGCUCCCACUCCAUGAGGUAUUUCUACACCGCCGUGUCCCGGCCCGGCCGCGGGGAGCCCCGCUUCAUCGCUGUGGGCUACGUGGACGACACGCAGUUUGUGCGGUUCGACAGCGACGCCGCGAUUCCGAGAGGGGAGCCGCGGGCGCCAUGGAUGGAGCAAGAGGGGCCGGAGUAUUGGGACCGGGAGACACUGACCAUCAGGGCCAGCGCGCAGACGCACCGAGGGAACCUGCGGACCCUGCGCAGCUACUACAACCAGAGCGAGGCCGGGCCUCACACCCUCCAGACGACCUAUGGCUGCGACCUGGGGCCUGAUGGGCGCCUCCUCCGCGGCUAUUACCAACAUGCCUAUGACGGCAAGGAUUACAUCGCCCUGAACGAGGACCUGCACUCUUGGACAGCGGCUGACACGGCUGCUCAGAUCACCCAGCGCAAGUUGGUGGGCGCCCAUGAGGCGGAGGGGCUCAGGGCCUACCUGGAGGGCACAUGCCUGAAGUGGCUCCGCAGAUACCUGGCCAAGGGAAAGGAGACACUGCUGCAUACGGAGCCCCCAAAGACACAAGUAACCCACCACACAGUCUCUGACCAUAAGACCACCCUGAGGUGCUGGGCUCUGGGCUUCUACCCUGCGGAGAUCACAUUGACCUGGCAGCGGGAUGGGGAGGACCAAACUCAGGACACGGAGCUUGUGGAGACCAGGCCUGCAGGGGAUGGAACCUUCCAGAAGUGGGCAGCUGUGGUGGUGCCUUCUGGAGAAGAGCAGAGAUACACGUGCCAUGUGCAGCACAAGGGAUUGCCCGAACUGCUCACCCUGAGAUGGGAGCCGUCUUCCCAGCUCACCAUCUCCAUCAUGGGCAUCGUUGCUGACCUGGUUGUCUUUGGAGCUGUGGUCAUCGGAGCUGUGGUCACUGCUGUGACAUGGAGAAGGAGGAACUCAGCAGGAAAAAGAGGGAGCUACUCUCAGGCUGCGUGUAAGUGUUGGGGGCAGGAGUGUGGAGGAGCUCACCCACCCCGUAAUUCCUCCUGUCCAACAUCUCCUGCGGGUUCUGACCAGGUCCUCUUUUUGUUCUACCCUAGGCAGCGACAGUGCCCAGGGCUCUGAUGUAUCUCUCGCAGCUUGUAAAGCCUGAGACAGCUGCCUUGUGUGGGACUGAGAUGAGGGAUUUCUUCAUGCCUCCCCUUUGUGACUUCAAGAGCCUCUGGCAUCUCUUUCUGCAAAGGCAUCUGAAUGUGUCUGUGUCCCUGUUAGCAUAAUGUGAGAAGGUAAAGAGACAGCCCAGCCCAUGUCCACUGUGACCCCUGUCACCAUGAUGACUUGUCAUCUUUCCUGUUCCAGAGAGGUGGGGCUGGGCAUCUCCAUCUGUCUCAGCUUCGUGGUGCACUGAGGUGCAACCUCUUACUUUCUUACUAAAAAUGAGAAUAUGAAUAUAAAUUUGUUUUCUUAAAUAUUUGCCAUGAGAUGUUGAUGGUUAAUUAAGUCAGUCAAUUCCUAAAAUUUGAGAGAGAAAAUAAAGACCUGAGAACCUUCUA